AUGCCCUCGUCCAAGGCUGCCAAAAAGAAGCAGCGCCUCAAGAAGGCAGCCGCUGAGAGAAACGCGGGCCUAAGUCAGGACAUCACCCCCCUGGUCUCCGGCCUGGAGCCCAAGUCCUAUGAGCAAGUCAUCGUCAAUGCUGCUCGUAAAUUUGACGAUGUUGCCAAUAUGGUCGUCGAGCAGCACCAAUCACUUGUCAAAAUCCGGGCCCAUGAGCAAACACUUGUUGCCGACUUUGCCCGAAUGACCAAGACAAUCGAGAGAUCCCUGGGUGCAAAAUAUCACCAGCUUCUUGCCCCCACCACAGCCGAAGAUCGUCCCACACGGGUCCGAAAGUACGCCAAGAAGCUGGCCAACGACAUCGAUGCCGCUCUGAACUACAUGACCGCUGAGAUCACGCCCGACUCGCUCUAUGCCACCAAAUUUGCGGCCUUGGACGACAUGCGGGCUGUGUUGGAGAGCAUUCUCCGCUGCCCCAAGCCUCUUCUGAGCGCUCUAUCCCGACAGCCAUCGUUCAAGAGUUGGGACAUCAAAUUGAUGGUGGUGUUGAAGCAUCUGAACUGCGAUGUCAUGGGCAAGCUCAAGUGUGGCAAAUUCAGAUGCGGCGAGCAGGAGACACCUACUCAGUGGAUGAAAGACAUGAAGCGCCUUCAUUGGAUCGACCAUGCCUUUCAGUUCAAGUAUGAGAGGGUGCAAGCAACCACGAUCCCGCAGGCUGUGAAGCACGAGGUGACCAUCCGACAGAAGAGUCUGAACCCUUCACUUGAGCCCGACCUGGCUGGGCCUUCCGAGAGCGCCUCCUCGUCCGAGCCGGUCAAGACAGAGCCCCCCAAGGCAAAGUUGACCAAGGGUGAGCUCAAAAACAUGGUCUCUCCCCUUUUCCCCUCUAUUCUCGAGCAGAUCAUGACCUCCACAGCUCUCGCCCAUGCCUCAGCCAUUCCUGCGCUCAGGGCGGUCCGGAAGAUCAAGGCUGCGGCCGAAUCAUCGAUGGCCCAAGACUGGGCUCGAGUUGCCGGGGUUGUACACAGCGGCCUCAACGAUCGCUAUUGUAUCCGCAAGACCUACCGCCACGGAUUUAGUGUUCACGCCUAUGCCAACGAGUCGGCCGAAGUCACGGACGAGGCACUCACCAAGUUCUAUAUGGAGCUCAAGAACCUUUACAAGCCCCUUCUCGCCACCAAGAUAGCCGCUUUGGAGAGUUGUCGCAAGGUUCUGGAAGAUCUCCUAUGCUGCCCCGACGAACUGAGAGAUGCCAUUUGCUUCCAUGUCGGUUCCGAUCAAACCAAUACUUGGGCCUUCAACAUGGUGAAGAUUUUGGACUGUUUUGAAGACGGGGAGAUUUACAAACUGGUCAAGGGCGAAACGGAUGAGCCGAAUGAGUUUUGGACGAAGCGCAGCGUGCCAGCUCUGAUGGAGCUUGUGAAGGACAAGGCGCCAGUCGGCCACCCCGACAGAAGAGAGUUCUUUCGUGGUGGUCUCCGAGAGGUCUGGCUGCGCGUGUAUGCCGCAGUCAUCAAGUAUGGACCCCCCCCCAAGACGCUCAUGUUUGAGCGCCUAUGUGUCUGUUGUUAUUGCGACGACCUUGAUGAGGAAGAUUACUGCUCUUGUGGGAACGGCGAGGGCUUUGACGAUGAGGAGGAUGAAAGCUUCCAUGAAGCGAUGUUGGCCUUGUUGUCUCCGAAUCCUUUUCUGCUCUGA